AUGCAGACUGAUAUGGAAGAGAAGUUUGAAGAUUGGAGAGGUAAAGAGGCGAUCCCUGGUAAACAUGGUGGGAUUAAAGCUGCUUCCAUUGCUUGUGUUGCGGAGAUGAUGGAGAACACAGUGUUCAUAGCUUAUGGUUUCAAUUUCUUGAAAUACUUCAUGAGUUCGAUGCAUUAUUCGCCAGCCACAGCAGCAAACAUGGUCACUAAUUUCAUGGGAACAUCGUUUCUUCUCACUCUUUUUGGUGGUUUCAUCGCUGACUCUUUCCUCACUCAUUUCACAACUUUCAUCAUCUUCUGUUGUAUGGAACUCGUGGGAUUGAUCUUGUUGACGGUCCAAGCUCAUAGCCCCAAGCUACAACCUGAAGGAAAUAAAACACCUUCAACUCUUCAAUCAACGAUUCUUUUCACAGGACUUUAUGCGAUGGCUAUGGGUGCGGGCGGUAUCAGAGCCUCGUUGCCUCCUCACGGAGGCAAUCAGCUGGACAGUAGAAAGCCGAGACUGAUCUCGAGAUUCUUCAAUUGGUUAUACUUCUCUAUAUGCUUUGGAUGCCUCCUGGCCGUAACUGUUAUGUUGUGGAUCGAGGAGAACAAAGGGUGGAACUUUAGCUUUAAUAUCUCAAUUUGUGUUUUAGCGAUUGCGCUCUGUAUCUUCACGGCAGGGUUACCAUUUUAUCGAUUCAAGCGUCCUAAUGGGAGUCCGUUGACAAUGAUCGCAAUUGUGAUUAUUUCUGCCGCAAGAAACCGAAAUAAAUCUGAUUUGGAUGAGGAGAUGAUGCAGAAUCUUAUCUUUACCGACAAGACCAAUCGUCGCAACAAGUUAAAGUGUUUAGAUAAAGCCAUGUUGAACAAAAACAUUUCGGCAACAGAAGUUGAAGAAACAAGAACGUUUCUGGGUCUCCUACCAAUCUUUAGCAGCACAAUUGUCAUGAGCUGCUGCGUGGCACAACUAUCGACCUUCUCCGUACAACAAGGCAUGAUCAUGAACAGAAAGCUUUCUCGUUCCUUUGAGAUCCCAGUACCAUCCCUCAAUGCUAUUCCUCUCAUCUUCAUGCUCUUUUCUAUACCUUUAUACGAAUUAUAUGGAAAAAGGAUCUCAUCAAGCAACAACGAGAGAUCAUCAAGCUUCAAUUUGAAACGCAUAAGAAUUGGCUUAGCUCUCUCCUCUGUUUCGAUGGCCGUUGCAGCCAUCGUGGAGGUCAAGAGAAAACAUGAAGCGGUUCACAACAACAUCAAAAUCUCGGUGUUCUGGUUAGAGCUUCAGUAUGUUUUGUUGAGCUUCUCGGAUAUGUUGACUCUUGGGGGAAUGUUAGAGUUCUUCUUCAAAGAAGCUCCCGCGAGUAUGAAGAGCAUCAGCACGGCAUUGGGGUGGUGCUCCACUUCAAUGGGGUUCUUCCUCAGCACGGUUCUAGUGGAAGUAACUAAUGCCAUCACGGGAAAGCUUGGCCAUCAAUGGCUUGGCGGGGAAGAUCUCAACAAGACAAAGCUUGAACUGUUUUAUGUAGUCCUAUGUGUUCUUAAUACUCUAAAUCUUCUUAACUAUAUUUUCUGGGCAAAAAGAUAUUAA